AUGGCAGAACCAAGAAAACCGACUCAGUUGGUUGUAUUCGAUUUCGAUUGGUCGCUUGUCGACCAAGAUACGGAUCGGUACCUUUUUGAAGUCCUUGAUCCGGAUCUAAGGAUGAGACUUGAAUUACAAAAAGACACAGUUCAAUGGACUGAUAAUGUAGCAGAAUGUUUGAGAUUACUUCAUCAGAGUGGAGUAGGAAAAGAUCAGAUCAUCAAAGCUUUUUCAACCUUACCCUUGCAUCCAGCCAUGAAACGUGCAAUAGAAACCUUACAUAAAGAUCAAAGUAAAAUAGAGACUAGUUUUUUAAUCUUAUCAAAUUCGAAUAGUGAAUUUAUUGAAAUCGUUUUAAAUCAUCAUAAAGUAGAUCUUAAGAUUUUCAAACAAAUCAUUACUAAUCCUGCUCAAUUUAAUCAAGAUGGAAUGUUAGUUUUGAAUAGAAGAAUUCCUUAUGAUUUUCCAAUUCAACAUUCUUGUAUACAUGGUUGUAGUCCUAAUAUGUGUAAAGGUGAAGAAUUAAAAAACUUUUUAAAUUCUUCUACAAUUCAUUUUGAUCGAAUUGUUUAUGUUGGUGAUGGUUCAAACGAUUUUUGUCCAAUCACUCAAUUCAAAUCUAUGGAUUGUGCAUUGAUAAGACGAAACAUGGGAUUAGCAAAGAAGGUGACAGAAGACGGUGAUAGAUUAAUUAAAUGUCAAAAGUUUUAUUGGAGUGAUGCUUGGGAACUUGAAAUUAUUUUUCGUAAUACACUUUGUAAACCUCCUAACUGA